AUGUCGAUAGCUACUUCGACUUUAUGUUUGUAAACAAAGCAAUCAGCAUCACACAAACUGAAAUGCGUGGAAUACGUACAGUUUUUAACCCUCCCUGGCGAAGGUCCAUCAGUGGAAAAUAUGAUAUUGUUCGCCCAUAUGAAGUUACAGCAGAGAAAACAGUGCCUCCUGAUAUUGAAAAGCCAGAAUAUUUUGCAUCUUCUGUGCCCGAGGUAGUUUAUGCCACAGAAACAAAAUCUGCUGUUGCCAUAGACAAAAUGAGGCUGAGCUGUCAGCUGGCUAAAAAGGUUUUAAAUGCAGCUAUACCUUUACUGAAGGUAGGAGUAACUACCGACUUCAUUGAUGGAAAGCUACAUCAGAUGAUAAUAGAAAACGGAGCGUAUCCAUCACCAUUACGAUACCAUGGUUUUCCGAAGUCCAUCUGUACAUCUGUGAACAAUGUUAUCUGCCAUGGUAUUCCUGAUCUACGGCCUCUGAGAGAUGGAGAUAUAAUUAAUGUAGAUGUGACGGUCUUUCGUGGAGGCUAUCAUGGUGAUUGUUCUGCAACAUUUCUAGUGGGAAAUGUAGAUGAAGAGGGAAUACAUUUAGUCGAGGGGGCAAAAAAAUGCUUAUUGAAAGGAAUCGGUGCCUGUGGACCAGGUGAAAGAUUUUCAGCAAUCGCCUGGCUUUUCUUUGCGCGAACGGGACUCAGUCAUAUCCAAAACACAUCCCUGAAAACUAUUAUUGUAGUAACCACAACCACAGCGGGAAUGCCUUGGGCUGCGGAUCAGAGCCGCCAGGAGGGGGAGCUGCCAGGCGGGGAAGCCGCCGGUGGUGGAGCGUGCACCACUGGGUAAACACAGGACGAGUCGAACGACAGACCAACGACAACUGACAACAACCAACCACGACAGACUAUGAGCAACACAACAAGGAAGAGAUAAACAAUGGAGGCUUGUGGGAACCACAACACCAAACACCAAACGUAAAUCCACUCGGAACCAGAGCCAGGCAAAUGUCAACAACGAGCAACGACCAGAACGCAGUACCGCCGAGAUAGAAACGAAAUCCAGAGCGAGUACCAGACUGGCUGGACUAGGGCAGAGCGGGUCCCUAUAUACAAAACCGGAGGGAGCGGCUAUUGGCCGCUGUAUGCACAUGGCUUAGCGGUGGCACCCUCGCUGCGCGAGAGCCGCUGCGCGGAAUAGCCGCCGCGGAGGUGAACCCCCCUAUGGGCUGACCACGUCCAUUUGUUCUGCCGUGUGUUCGACUUCCAUGGCAGAAGGUACUAGAAUUAUGACUUUACCUCUAUGUUUUCCGGUAAGUUGUUUAUAUGUACAAGGAAUGGAAGUUGCCCUAAUUUAGAACCCUGUGGCACUCCAUGUUGAACCUCAAGUGUGUUUGACAGAUGACUUCCUGAACUCAUCACUUGCUUCCUUUUGUUCAGGUAUGAUCUGAUGAGUUUUAAAUGUUGGUCACAUAUUCCAAAGCACUAAACUUCAGGAAGUAAAACAGAGUGGUCAACACAGUCAAAAGCCUUGCUCAGAUCACAUAAGGUUACCUGUAUGUGAGCAUGAUCCUCAAAUGCUUCUACAGUGUCUCUCAUUUAAGAGUUCAAUGGUAUGUAUAGUUGACUUUUCUUUUCUGUAACCAAAUGGCGAUGUACUUAACAUAUCAUUUAGUUCUAGGUACUCGUACAUCUGCUGAUACAUUAUGCCUUCAAAGAAUUUCACUAGUACUGGAAUUAGUGAAAGUAGCCUAUAGUUUCCUGGAUCAGAUUUGCUACCCUUGUUAAAGAAUGGAGUCACCUUGGAUAAUGUGAGAGGUUCAGGAAAAAAUCCCUUCUAUGAGAAGGGACAUCUUUGU